UCAAUUUUGUUGUGAUCCUAAAAGCACGUCCCAGACAGCCUGAUUUGUGCAUACAUCGAAUUGUGUGAAUUGGGCUGCUUGUGAAGUCUUGUGCACGGAAAAUAUAAGAGGUUAAAUGAGUCGUUUGUGUAUUGAACUAGACUGUAACCCUUGCUUUCAUCUUUGAGAUUAGAGGUUUCUAGAUUGACCAGAAAUGUGUUGACAAUAUUCAAUCAGUUGAGAAUAGGGAGGGACGGGAGCUUUCUUCUGGAGAAACUGCAGCAGAUGAGGAUGGAGUGCUAGCAUCAAGAUGCCGCGAGAACUGAUCUCAUAUAGCUUUUUGUUGGGCGCGCGAGGCAGGAGAGAGUGAAGUGCUUUCUCUGCUGUUAAAGGAUGCGGAGCUGAAGGUUUUAUGUUUGAAUGACAAGACUCUUCCGGCCGGCACGAUGGUUUUGACUGCAUUGACCCAGUUUAGCUGGAAGUGGCGGUCGACGGUCCUAUGUUGCGCGUGGACUGGAGCGAAGCUAACUCUGUGUCUGACCUGGCGCUCUUGGGGAACACGCGGACCUGCUUGGCUCGCAGACACAUUAGCCACGCGCCCCUAGAGACACUGGACCACUACGAGGUAAAUGUUGAAGACACCGUUGAAAUGUUACCAAAAUCGAGAAGAGCACUUACCAUUCAAGAGAUUGCGGCGUUAGCCAGAUCUUCAUUACAUGGCAUCUCCCAGGCGAUGAAGGACCAUGUGACACGGCCCACAGGUAUGGCCCAGGGCAGGGUGGCCCACCUGAUAGAGUGGAAGGGCUGGUGUAAGCCCACUGACACCCCCGCAGCUCUGGAAUCUGACUUCAACAACUACUCUGACCUCACUGAGGGAGAACAGGAGGCCCGCUUCGCUGCUGGUGUGGCGGAGCAGUUUGCCAUAGCGGAGGCUAAGCUGAGAGCCUGGUCGUCUGUGGAUGGAGAUGACUCUAAUGACGACUCGUAUGAUGAGGACUUCAUUCCCGCCAACGAGCCCACAACACAAAGCACAGAGGUGCCUCCUUACCUGAGGGACAUUCUUCAAAGUCAGGUGUGUCAGCACCUGGGUCUGCGGGGGCCGUGCUGUGAGGGGGCAGGAGGAGGAGAGGGGGGAGACAGGCCCUCCCCCACCUCCACAGACACCCUCUGCUCCAGCCUCUACAGCCUGGACGAGCAACACCCCUUACUGCGAGAUCUCACCCAUCACUGCGGCAACAACCACGGUAACACCGCCGAACUGGCUGCCAAGAUCCUCUCAGCCCUGCAAGGGGGGGAGGAGCUGCUGUUGGCCCGCCUCCAGAGGGUGGGGCAGGGGGUUAGAGGGGGAGGGGACUUCAACAACUUGAGGGGUGGGAGGAGCCGGCCGGGGGGGGAGGAGUCACCUUGCUACUCUGUGACCUACUCCGAGACCUAUCUGUCGCCCGGGGAAGACGAAGGUACGCCCUGCAAAGACUAUGAGGGCACCGUGGGCCAGGGAGAAGGAGAGCGCGAGGUGUACCCACCUGACUACGCCACCCACAGGAAGAUCUCAGAUGUAGCCUCCUCCGGGGUGGUGUCUCUGGACGAGGAUGAAGAGGAGGAAAAGGAGGAGGAGGAUAGGGAGAGAGAGCAGAGAAACCAAUGACUGCCCUGUCAUUGAUUUUUGUUUCAUCAAUUGUUCAUCCCUCCAUCUCUCCGUCCCUCCCAUGGCCUCUGACAUGUCUAAACCUGUCUGCAUGUUUUUUUAAUGACUUGAUCUCUUACUGCAGUGUAACCUCUCUGUCUUGGCGUCAUCGCAUCAUGUCGAUCCCCUACCCGCCUGCCCCCUUGACCAUUUGAUAUGUAUCAAUAUAUUUUUGUCUUGAGGCGUCCAAACAAUCUUUUCUAUCAAUGUGAAGCAGGAGAGCAGGACUGGCUGUCACAGGCUUCAGUAACAAGCCCAACGAUUGGUCUGUGGUUUCAGUAAGAAGCCCACAGAUUGGCCAGUGGGGUUCAGUGCUCCAGCCACCCACAACAAGAAAGCGAGUGACUGCUAAAAAAUAAAAGGGACACAACUGACAGGAAAAAGACUGACCCUUAAAACUCUGAAAUAUCUCUGCAUGUGUUUGCAAGUGCUGAACUGAACUUGUGUGCUGACCUGGUCUUGAGCACGUCGGUUUUGUAGUUUGGGCUGUUCUGUAUUACCCCUCCCUUCCUCUGCCCCCAACCAGAUACAGUAUAUCCCAUUGGUGGACAGGUUCCACUGCAUCCUGAAACCUGAAGCCCUUCCUCUCCUUUGCAAGAGAUGUUGGGUGCGUUCCUCUGCCCAAGCGUUGCUGACGCAUGCCAGAUCUUACAAUGCCUGGAUAGGUAUUUUACGUAUCAGCUAACCACAUAUGAUAUACCAAUCUGGUGCCCGACGGCACAGUCGAUGACGUGGCACGCAACCAUUGGAUGAUGCAUGCAAUGUCUGAGAAGGGGAGCGCUACCCCCUAGCAUCCUUCUGGGCAUGGCUUGCUGAGUAUGCCAAACUACCGUAUGUAACCUGUCACCAACAGUUAUGAACAAAUGCUGGAAUGUCUUAAAAGUGACAGGAAAUAUGUAUUUUAAAAACAAAAAAAUAUUUGUCACAAAUGAUUAUGACAGAAAUGAUAUGCUUUUAUUGUACUAGUUUUCUAUCAUUCAACAUGUUGUUAUUAUAAUUAUUCUGAAUAUCAUUAUGACUAUCAUAAUGACAUAUUAUAGCUACCAGAUUUUGUUUUUGGUUCUAUGGUUUCCUAAAUGGAAUUCUUAAUACCAAUGGUUCUCUUAAAAAACUACGAAGACAAAAACACAAAUAGAAUGUUCCAGAAGUGACCCUUUGAUGAAAGAGAUACUGUUUGGUGGAGAAAUUGUUGUACAAAGACAGGAACCUAGUUUCAGUGAGAAGGUGUUGAGUUGCAUUGGAGAUUUUCUAUAUUUUUGUAUACGUUGUCUUGCUUUUAUCUUUGCCUAUGCGGCGUGCCAGUGUAUGUGGUUUUUGCACGAAGCUAACGUGGCUGUAGAUUUCUCCUUUCUUUGUUAUCACUGUGUGAUAUAGUAUACCGGGAAAAAAUACAAAUAUGAACAAAAAAAGGUUUAUUUCAUUUUGAAAGAGGAUACUGUGAUACGGUUUGUUAUUGUCAUGAUCCUCAAUGGAAAAGUUUCCUUUUCUUUGUAAUUAUUUCGGACUUCUUUCUUUCCUGUUCAUAGCUGAUCCUAAAGCAACAUUCAAAGUUAAUUCUCUUUCCAUUCUUUUUCAAAGGAUGUCAAGAAAAGGGCAUUUUUUGUAAAUAUAUCGAAAUCAUUCCAUUGGCAUGGUGAUCUGAGGAACCUUAAAUUGGUUCGGUCAGAGGGACUGUCACUCAUACAACUCAGGAAGUCCCAUUGGUUCAGAGCGUCAGUAUAUCCCGCCCAUAAACAGCGAGCCACUGCUCAUUCAUCCUCUUUCUCAGCGAGUGUGUGUGUGUGUGUGUGUGUGUGUGUGUGUGUGUGUGUGUGUGUGUGUGUGUGUGUGUGUGUGUGUGUGUGUGUGUGUGUGUGUGUGUGUGUGUGUGUGUGUGUGUGUGUGUGUGUGUGUGUGUGUGUGUGUGUGUGUGUGUGGGGAAAUGUAUUCACGAUUAAAGCACAGAAUUAGUGCUCAGCUCACCUCUUCAACCCUUCACUGAUUGUUCAUGAAAGCCCUAGUGUGUGUGUGCAUGGUAAAAUAUUACACAUUCAACUAGCUUGCAUUUGUGCGUCCGCUCCAAAAACCCCUAAUGCAACGAUUCCCUUUAAACAGUGUUUUAGUAUAGCAAUGUUCUGACUGAAGGUAAAAGGCUUGGCCUACAUGAUGCUUUUGGAAAGGACAUCAACAGACCAAUCACCGUUCUCCCUUUUUGGAAACUAAAAAUUUGUUUUAGACUUUCUGCCAGAGAGAUGAUUAAAAGUAGAGGUGGCGUCAUACAUUUUAGCAACAUGAUUUGAAAUGAAACAACUGAAUUAUUUGAUGAUGACACUAACAACUGGUGGAUUGAAAGAGUCUGAGACACAAAUUCAACUCAGGGGAAACCAUUACGGCUGUGCCUUCAUUUAUAACCUUUGAGCUCUGAUUGGUCAUAUGGUCAGGUCAGUUCCAUUCAUUCUGUCCAAUGACAAAUGCUAACCCACCAUUGAGCCAGAGCCAUAGAUCCACUUGACAUCCACAACAUGCGGACAUUUACAUUAUGGUUCUACACAGAACUAUUGACAAUAUGUAGAAAGACACUUUGACAGCUGGGUGUUUUUUCUAGAAUGCAUCUUGUAAUGCUUUCUGUUUCUAAUGCAGUGUACUGUGCAUCCAUUUAUCAUGGUUGAUGAGACUGUUUGGAGUACGAGUUUCUUACUUAGUGCUCUGCUCACUGUUCUUUUAAGUUCAUCGAGUUACUAAUGUUUGUCUUUCUGCCUUUAUUACAGCUGUACGAAGUUGCUCAUAUGGUAUUGGACCUCCUCUUUGACAAGGUCAAGGGUUAAAAGUCAAACUAGAGUUGUGUAAGGUUCGAUCCUGUUACAUCUGUUUCCAGCUUGUCCUGGUGUUUAGAUGAUUGGAGGGUUUGAGUAUUGUCUAGUUGGAGGGACACUGUCACUGUCCUUUCACUGACAUUACAGAGAGGGGAUGUUUGCGUCUGGGACAAGGUUGUGAUUUUGUCCUGAUGCAAUGGCGUGUGUUGCAUUGUUCUCUGUCCCCCUCCCAGUCUGGCUGCACGGCACACUCACUGAAAGUGUUCCCCUGGUGGUGUGUGACUGGCACCUUGGUUCCGGGCAUCUCGUUCACACACAGCUGUCACAUACACUCUCCCUCUGUCUCCAUCUGUCUCAUUUUCUCUCCCCUUCCUCGUUCCCUUCUCCUUUCUGUCUCUGUCCCUUUGUCUUCCGCAUCUCCUGUCUCCCACUUUCACCCUCAGUCUGUUUCCAUCUCCUUCUGUCCCUUCUUCUCUCUCUCCCUCCCAUCCUCCCCCUAUCCUUAUUCACAGGAGCCCUCUCUUAUGUAACUGGGGGACGGCAGGGCUGAGUGCUACCUUUGCCGACAGGCAAUUAGCCAGCGAUGAUGUAAGAACAACUGAUGGACACGUAGAGCAAUGGGAGAUGUAUAUCUCUCUUUAUUUUAUCCUCUCCUGCUGUGUCUCUUUAUCGUUCCUGUCUCUCCUUCUGUCCUAAUGCGAGUCUUUUGAGGUAAACUGCCCCAAAAAGCUGAUGGUGGUUGCUGUAAGAGGUGGGUGAUGUAACGGGGUGGUGCCACUGUCCUGUGAUUGGAUGAAUGUACUAUGAUUUAUACUGCGUCAGCCAAUGGGAAUGAGCGUCCCAUUCCUAGUGUGGCACAGAUGGAUUUUAAAGGGAGGCAUGUGUGUGUGUGCGAGUGUAAAGUGAGAGAUUGGCGAGAGUGGCAACAUGUUCUGUGGGUGGCCUGUUGCUCUAGGCCAGUACUGACAUUGGGCACUUAUCACAGACUUUGUGUGUGAUAGACAUGGCCGGGAGAGCGCCCCUGUCAGACAGUGGCAGUGGCGAUACACUACGUUAACAUUUCAUUCUAAAAUCAGGGGUAUUAAUAUGGAGUUGGUCCCCCCUUUGCUGUUAUAACGGCCUCCGCUCUUCUGGGAAGGCUUUCCACAAGAUGUUGAACAUUGCUGCGGGGACUUGCUUCCAUUCAGCCACAAGCAUUAGUGAGGUCGGGUACUGAUGUUGGGCGAUUAGGCCUGGCUCGCAGUUGGCGUUCCAAUUCCUCCCAAAGGUGUUCGAUGGUGUUGAGGUCAGGGCUCAGUCAAGUUCUUCCACACCGAUCUCAACAAAUCAUUUAUGUAUGGAAACAAGAAAGGGCCUUCCCCAAACUGUUGCACAAAGUUGGAAGCGCAGAAUUGUCUAGAAUUCCAUGGUAUGCUGUUGCGUUAAGAUUUCAUUUCACUGGAAGUAAGGGGCCUAGCCCGAACGAUGAAAAACAGCCCCAGACCAUUAUUGUUCCUCCACCAAACUUUAUAGCUGGCACUAUGCAUUCGGACAGUAGCGUUCUCUUGGCAUCCGCCAAACCCAGACUCGUCCGGCGGACUGCCAGAUGGCGAAGCGUGAUUCAUCACUCCAGAGAACGCGUUUCCACUGCUCCAGAGUCCAAUGGCGGCGAGCUUUACAACCCACUUCAUUAAGCUCCAUAGGCAGUUUGGAGCUUGGUAGUGAGUGUAGCAACCAAGCUCUGCUUGUGUGGCCUACCACUUUGCGGCUGAACCGUUGUUGCUCCUAGACGUUUCCACUUCACAAUAGCAGCACUUACAGUUGACCGGGGCAGCUCUAGCAGGGCAGAAAUUUGACGAACUGACUUGCUGGAAAGGUGAAAUCCUAUGACGGUGCCACAUUGAAAGUCACUGAGCUCUUUAGUACAGGCCAUUUCACCGCCACUGUUUGUCUAUGGAGAUUGCAUGGCUGUGUGGUCGAUUUUAUUCACCUGUCAGCAACGGGUGUGGCUGAAAUAGCAGAAUCCACUAAUUUGAAGGGGUUUCCACAUACUAUAGAAUAUGAAUAUUCAGCCUGUAGUCAGCCAAUUGCCCUCACCACCCCACACCCACAGGGUUAACAUCUAGACACAACAGGCCUGUUUAACAUCUAGAUACUUCAGGCCCUCUGUUGAACAUCUAGAUACUACUGGCCCUCUGUUGAACAUCUAGAUACUACUGGCCCUCUGUUGAACAUCUAGAUACUACUGGCCCUCUGUUGAACAUCUAGAUACUACUGGCCCUCUGUUGAACAUCUAGAUACUACUGGCCCUCUGUUGAACAUCUAGAUACUCCAGGCCCUCUGUUGAACAUCUAGAUACUCCAGGCCCUCUGUUGAACAUCUAGAUACUACUGGCCCUCUGUUGAACAUCUAGAUACUACUGGCCCUCUGUUGAACAUCUAGAUACUCCAGGCCCUCUGUUGAACAUCUAGAUACUCCAGGCCCUCUGUUGAACAUCUAGACACUACUGGCCCUCUGUUGAACAUCUAGAUACUACUGGCCCUCUGUUGAACAUCUAGAUACUACUGGCCCUCUGUUGAACAUCUAGAUACUACAGGCCCUCUGUUGAACAUCUAGAUACUACUGGCCCUCUGUUGAACAUCUAGAUACUACUGGCCCUCUGUUGAACAUCUAGAUACUCCAGGCCCUCUGUUGAACAUCUAGAUACUACUGGCCCUCUGUUGAACAUCUAGAUACUACUGGCCCUCUGUUGAACAUCUAGAUACUACUGGCCCUCUGUUGAACAUCUAGAUACUACUGGCCCUCUGUUGAACAUCUAGAUACUACUGGCCUUCUGUUGAACAUCUAGAUACUACUGGCCCUCUGUUGAACAUCUAGAUACUACUGGCCCUCUGUUGAAUAUCUAGAUACUCCAGGCCCUCUGUUGAACGUCUAGAUACUCCAGGCCCUCUGUUGAAUAUCUAGAUACUACUGGCCCUCUGUUGAACAUCUAGAUACUCCAGGCCCUCUGUUGAACAUCUAGACACUACUGGCCCUCUGUUGAACAUCUAGAUACUACUGGCCCUCUGUUGAACAUCUAGAUACUACUGGCCCUCUGUUGAACAUCUAGACACUACUGGCCCUCUGUUGAACAUCUAGACACUACUGGCCCUCUGUUGAACAUCUAGAUACUACUGGCCCUCUGUUGAACAUCUAGACACUACUGGCCCUGCAUACAGAACUAGGAGGAAACAGCAGUCUGCUGUAAACGUCUCAUUGGAGAGCUAGUGUGUAAUCUUCACAGAUUAGAGAGUAGAGCUGGGAGUGGAGAGUUGGGCUGUGUUUAACCCACAUUAGCCUCUGCCGCCACAGCAGUGCUUAAUUAAAACGACCCACAAUUCCCUGUGCGCUGGGCGGUGAGGUGACACCAAGGUAAUGUCGUGGCUCCGGUGCACACAUACACGCACAUCUAAACACGCACACAGACACAUAGACGCACAUUAAAACACACUUGCAUACACACACACUUCGCUGUAAUUCCCUUAAUUGUGAAUGCAACUGGUAUACAGAGCCUAUGAAGGAAAUGCAACAGCUUUAUAUGUAAAAAGAUGCAAUAUACCAAGAGCACUUAGUCUCCCACUGUUCGCCAGAAGCAAGCUAACCAUGAAACAAAGUCUACAACUAUAAGAGCCAGAGUGAAAGUACCAUGUCACCUCUUCCUGUCGCUCCUCUUACUGAUAACUGUGAAACUUCAACUCUAUCAUUACACACACACACCUCUAAUCCCUCAGAGAUGUAAUCUUUUUUCACCAUUCUCUCAUUUCCUUUCCUCUCAUUGUCUCAUUGUCCUUUCCUGUCAUUUAUUUCUCUCAUUUCCUUUCCUCUCAUUUAUUUUCCUCUCAUUUGCGAUCCUCUCAUUUAUGUAUUUUCUGUUGUUCUUUUGGCUGAAUGUACUACUUUGAAUAUUGCCACUUGAUAAAAAAAAAAAAAGACCUGGCCUUUGUUUGCUGCACCUGACAUCAUUUGAAGUUCUUAAUAAAAUAUCCUUAAUGUUCUUUGCAAAAAAAAAUAUCCUGACUUGGUAUGAUUGUGUGAUUUCCUGGCUCGAUGGAAGGGAAUUAUGGAAAAAAGAAAAACGAAAUAAGUCGCAGAGUUUGUGGAAAGCACUUAACAAUCACAUAGGAUUCCAAGAAGCUGCUGAAUGUAUUUGAUUUGAUAAUGUACUUUUCCAUUAACUCAGCUCAAUACACAUCAUUAUAGAACAAUUUACAGUCUCUGGAACAACCUUUACACCUCUGAAAAGGACAGAACUCACUCACCUCACCCCUGUAACACACACACACACACAGAAAUAGACAAUGCUAUUUUGUUAUCAUAAAGUACCACAGACUGCCUGCCAUUUUCUUGUGGGGAAUGGUGUAAACAAAUAAUUUAUUUCCCUGAGAGAAAGAAAGGGCCAUUCCCUAUAGGAAAAAACAGUUCUCUCAAUCAUUAUAAACUGGGUGGUUCGAGCCCUGAAUGCUGAUUGGCUGACAGCUGUGGUAUAUACCACGGGUAUGACAAAACAUGUAUUUUUACUGCUCUAAUUACAUUGGUAACCAGUUUAUAAAAGCAAUAAGGCACCUCUGGGGUUUGUGAUAUAUGGCCAAUAUACCACGGCUAAGGGCUGUUCUUAGGCACGACGCAACGCGGACACAGCCCUUAGCCGUGGUAUAUUGGCCAUAUACCACACCCACUCGGGCCUUAGUGCUUAAAUAGAACAUACCAUAAUAGAAAAGAUAUUGGCACAAUGUAAAAAGCCAACUAAGGUGCACAGCGCCUUGCAAAAGUAUUCAUCCCACUUGUCUUUUUUUCCUAUUUUGUUGCAUUAGAGCCUGUAAUUUAAAUAGAUUUUUAUUUGGAUUUCAUGUAAUGGACAUACACAAAAUAGUCCAAAUUGGGGAAGGGAAAUUAAAAAAAUUACUUGUUUCAAUAAAAUAAAAUAAAUAAAUAAAUGGAAAAGUGGUGUAUGCAUAUGUAUUCACCCCAUUUGCUAUGAAGCCCCUAAAUAAGAUCUGGUGCAACCAAUUACCCUCAGAAGUCACAAAAUGUAUUAGAUUGCACACAGGUGUACUUUAUUUAAGUGUCACAUAAUCUCAGUAAAUAUACAGCUGUUCUGAAAGGCCCCAGAGUCUGCAACACCCCUAAGCAAGGGCUACCACCAAGCAAGAGGCACCACGAAGACCAAGGAGCUCUCCAAACAGGUCAUGGACAACGUUGUGGAGAAGUACAGAUCAGGGUUGGGUUAUACAAAAAUAUCAGAAACUUUGAACAUCCCAUGGAGUACCAUUUAAAUCCAUUAUUAAAAAAAAAAUGUUUUGGCAACACAACAAACCUGCCAAGAGAGGGCCGCCCACCAAAACUCACAGACCAGGCAAGGAUGGAAUUAAUCCGAGAGGCAACAAAGAGCCAAAAGAUAACCCUGAAGGAGCUGCAAAGCUCCACUGUGGAGAUUGGAGUAUCUGUUCAUAGGACCACUUUAAGCCAUACUCUCCACAGAGCUGGGCUUUACGGAAAGUGGCCAGAAAAAAGCCAUUGUAAAAAAUAAUAAUACGCAAACACGUUUGGUUUUCGCUAAAAGGCAUGUGGGAGACUCCCCAAACAUAUGGAAGGAGGUACUCUGGUCAGAUGAGACUAAACUUUAGGUUUUUGGCCAUCAAGAAAAAUGGCGCAAACACCUCUCAUCACCCCAAGAACACAAUCCCCACAGUGAAGCAUGGUGGUGGCAGCAUCAUGCUGUGGGGAUGUUUUUCAUCGGCAGGGACUGGGAAGCUGGACAGAAUUGAUGGAAUGAUGGAUGGCGCUAAAUACAAGGAAAUUCUUUCAGUCUUACAGAGAUUUGAGACUAGGACAGAUGUUCACCUUCCAGCAGGACAAUGUCCCUAAGCAUACUGCUAAAGCAACACUCAAGUGGUUUGAGGGCAAACUUUUAAAUGUCUUGAAAUGGCCUAGUCAAAGCCCAGACCUCAAUCCAAUUGAGAAUCUUUGGUAUGACUUAAAGAUUGCUGUACACCAGCAGAACCCAUCCAACUUGGACCUGGAGCAGUUUUGCCUUGAAGAAUGGGCAAAAAUCCCAGUGGAUAGAUGUGCCAAGCUUAUAGAGACAUACCCCAAGAGACUUGCAGCUGUAAUUGGUGCAAAAGGUGGUUCUAAAAAGUAUUGACUUUGGGGGGGUGAAUAAUUAUGCACGCUCAAGUUUUCUGUUUUUUUUGUCUUGUUUCUUGUUUGUUUCACAAUAAAAAAAAAUUUGCAUCUUCAAAGUGGUAGGCAUGUUGUGCAAAUCAAAUGAUACAACCCCCCAAAAAAUCUAUUUUAAUUCCAGGUUGUAAGGCAACAAAAUAGGAAAAAUGCCAAGGGGGGUGAAUACUUUCGCAAGCCACUGUAUAGCUCCAGGGAAAAGUCUGACUUGGACAUGAGAGAAUAUCGUCUUUGAAAAGUUUUCAUUUUCUAACACAGUCAUAAAAAUUGUAAAACAUCUGGCUGCAGAUGACAAUCAUGUAACUCUCUACGUAUGGGUAUUGUAUUGUGAAUGUUAACAGUCAUAGUAUGUGCUAUAAUACUGACUUGUUUUUAUAACCAUUUUAUAGAAUGAUUUAAUGAAUAAUCGACAUGAUUCACAGAACAUUUCUCCAAAUGUAGUCCCAGCUGGAAAGGGAGCAGAUACUAAUGUAACAGUUAAUAAACAAGUCAACAGCUUUAUACUGGCAUAACGUGCUGGCAUAAAAUACUUAAAUAAAGUACUGGCAUAA